AUGAAACCAAAAGCAAAAUUAUGCCCUUUCUUAUUUUUGAGAGCUUUAUAUGGGUUUUUCAAGGAAAUUUCUAUCCUUUUUAUCAUUGAAAUUUGCUUUGGUUUUCCUAUAGACAUAUUUUUCCAGUGACGUUCAGCUAUAGAAAUUAUUAUGGAAAGCCAGAGAUUUAUUUGCAGGGUUGCAGGCUGCAAUAAAGAUUACUGCAACCAAUUUAACCUAAAGAGACACUACGAAAGCCAACACAUGGGUGUAAAGCGCUUCAGAUGCAAAAUAUGCAAGAAAUAUCUUUCAUCCAAGCAGAAUCUUAAGGAGCAUCGGUUUAUGCAUACAGGCGCAAAGCCUUACGCCUGUCCUUAUGAAGGCUGCAUGGAAUGCUUUCGACAAGGGAGCCAACUUUCUCUACACAAGAAAGUGCAUGAGGAGGUAAUCAAGCGAGUUAGAGGAAUCCCUCAGGUCGAAACAAGUUUAAAUCUAUUGACGUCUGUGCUGACAAAAACAGAAAAUGAAGACAAAAUUGAGUGCAUGGCUAAGCUGGAAGAGCAGAAUAUUGUCCUCCCGUCAAUCAGUUCUCCCCAAGUUGGAAUAAUCCUUCCUUCAACUAUCAGCAGUCUUGUGAUAGUGAGCUAA